AUGAACGGCAACAACCAAGACCAUGGCACAGCGCCCCCUGCCACCCUGCUCAAAAAUGCAGAGACCCAUCCAAAGGCCAUCGACGAGGCCAUUGUCUCAGGCGAUAACAUACAGAUGCGAUCUGAGCUGGAUGACCUGCCGAUGCUCCAGGGACUACGUUUAUACUGGCGUGUAGCCCUCAUCAGCAUGCUGGCCGCAUUCAGUUCUGCGCUAGAAGGCUACCAGAUUGCGAUUACAAACUCCAUCGUCUCAAACAGGGGUUUCAUCCGUCAAAUGUCGGGUGGAGGCACUACACUCAACCCUACCCAUGUUGCCGUCUGGGGAGGCAUGUUGUCGACAGGCCAACUCGUCGGCGUGGCAGCCCUUAUGAUGUGGACCGAUAUGUUGGGCCGUAAGUGGGCCAUGCACCUUACAUGGCUGACCCUUGUUGUCUCUGUCAUACUUGAAUCGGUGGCGACGAACUGGCUCCAUUGGCUCUUUGCUAAGCUGCUUGCUGGCGCGGGGCUCGGCAUGAUGCAAGCGACAUAUCCCGUAUACAUCUCUGAGCAGUCGCCUACCCAAAUUCGUGGCUUGCUCACUACCUCGUAUAUGUUUUGGUAUGUCGUGGCGCAGAUAUUCGGCCCUUUGGCCCUACAGCAGCUACACAUUAGAGACCCUUACAAUUACAAAAUUCCCAUUUACACGCAGUGGAGCAUGCUAGGUGUGAUGCUGAUUAUCAACCUUUUCGUACCCGAAAGUCCUUGGUGGCUCGUCCAAAGGAGCAAGUACCAUGACGCGGAAAAGGUGCUGGCAUCGUCGUACAAGGGUGUAACAGGUUAUGACUUAAAGAAAGAAUUGUCAAUCAUUAUUGCUACCGUCGAACACGAGAAACUUGUCGAAGCCGAAAAUAAGUAUCAACUUGUUCAAAUAUUCAAGGGCGUUAACCUUUGGCGGCUAUUCAUCGCAUUCUGGCCAAAAGGAAUGCAACAGCUCUGUGGUCAGAGUGUAACGAAUAACUAUGGGACGUAUUUCUUCCAAUUGGCGGGGAACAAGGACCCUUUCACAGUUACAAUUAUCCUCGGAGUUUGCCAACUCUUGGGCGUUCUCUUUACUUCUGCCUGUUCCAAUAACGUCGGUCGGCGAUGGCUGACGUUGGGACUCUUCGGGUCUGGUGCGGUUGCUAUUCUCGCCAUCGGUAUACUGGGAUCUUUUGACUACCAGAGCCAUGAGUUGGGAAGCGUCCUCGUAUUUUUCGCAUGUGUUUCCAACUUCGGGGUCAUUGGUGGUGCGGGAAUCGCAUACUCUUAUGUCGCUGAGAUUCCUGCCCAGCGACUCCGAGCACGGACUGCGUCCAUAGCGCUUAUUGGAUCGUUCUGUCUUGGUAUCACAUUUAACUACACGGUCCCUCUUAUGCUCAAAGUCUGGAGCGUCCAGACGGGAUAUUUUUUCGGUGUUACCGGCCUCAUCUCAUUCAUUGUCGGAUAUUUUGUCCUCCCUGAGAUCGCGUGCCGCACUCCGGCCGAGAUUGACGAGAUGUUCGAAGAUAAGGUUGCACCUCGCAAGUUCCGAAAGCAUGUCACACAGGUCGAAAUGUUCAUUCUAGAGAAGGAUGAGAAGCAAAAGAAGAAGAUCGAGCGGUUCCCUCUGGAGGAGCGACAGGAGUUUGUAUGA